GGGCGCGCGGUGCUGCGCGCGGCCAAGGCGCGGGAGCUGCGCGCGGACAUCGAGAUCCUGAGCCAGACCUUCGCGCGCGUCACCGACUGCAAGGACAGCAUCAUCAGGUCCCUGGCCAGGGAUCUGGCGGAGGCCGAGGCGCAGCACCGCCAGGCCCUGUGCAGCCACCUGCACAACGUGGACCGCCUGCUGCAGCUGCAGCGCUGCCGCCUGCGCUACCUGCGCGAGGACUACGACACCGAGCUGCUGGCCCUGCAGAAGGACUUCGAGACAGAGAGGAGAGCCAUCGUGGAGCAACACAGGCAGGAGUGCUGCUACCUGCAGGGUGUCAUGGUGGCCGUGGAGCAGAACUUCGUGGAGAACAACUACGAGGCCACACUGAACUUCCAGAGCGCCUGGGACGACAUUAAGAACAAGCAACUGGAGGAGAAGCAGCUCAGCCGCCUGCACCUGGGCAGCAAGGUGGAUUCCCUGUGGAAGCAGUUCCAGCAGCUCCUGCACAACUACACGGAGGCCACGGAGGACCGGAAAAUCGCCUUCGAGGUGCUCAAGCAGAAGGACGAGAAGAGCUCCAAGGAGAUAGAGAUGCAGAGGAAGAAGUUGCAGAGGCUGCAGCUCUCGCACGUCCAGGUCUGGCUCCAAACUCCCUGCCAGGAGCAGCUGGGAGCCAACACCCCGGCCCAGACCAGCCCCAGGCCCUUCCCAGCAGGAUGUCGCGCCCCGUCCCCAUCAUAG